CAAGAAAGUCUGUUUGGGGGGCGAAAGCCUCUUUCGGACUGUCACUUCCAUCGGUCCAAAUACCACCACAUCCAGGUACCCUAGCUAGCUCACCAAUGGAACCAAUGGAGCGAGGCAGCCUGAUGAAGCGCGCGAAUGCCUCAAGCACUACUCGUGCCGCCAUGGAUGGACCGUCAAGAUCUGGUUCGGCUUCCUCUUCGUCUCGGUUUUCAUGUAUGUGAAACCUGUACCGUUGUCACGUUGCUGGAAAUUUUCACACUAGCUAGCUGGACAUCCUUCUGGAGUGUACCAUAGAGAGCUACGAGCUCAAUGCAUGCAGCCGGGAAAGGCGCAUGAGCUAAUGUACCAUGGUGGCUCAAAUACCAGUAUGUCAUAGCGACAGGAACACCAUCGUUCUACUGCACGCCCGUACGUUGGCGUUGACGGAGGUGUCAUGUGAGAGGCUUCAGUCGAGGGGGGUGGAUCUAGCUCAGCACCUCGGAUACAGGCCCAAUGGCAUCGUCAAAGGAUCUGAGGCAGCUCGUGCCAUGAGUGCAGAGGCAAAACGAUCAGACGGAAGAAUCCGUUCCGUGGAAGAUGGUGGAGUCGUUGCAUCUCUACAGUCCAUUGGCGCUUUUGAGGAUAUCAAGCCACUUGCCAACAAGAAUGUGGCCAAGGCCUUGAGAAAACUUGGCAUGCUGCGCGACGACGAGUAUCUGAUUGAGAAUGGAUCUUCCCAAGGCGAACCGUUGCUCAUAAUCGAGCUGCCAAGCUAUUUCAGGGCAUCUGUUGGGGACGAACCAACUUUACAAGAUGACUACAAGGUUGGUGGCUACAACUAUUUCAUGGCAGAGACAAUGCUCAACGAGUCUACACUUGCCUUUUGCAAGCAGAAUCCGUCAGGGUGCCCCAACUUCAACAACUUCACGACGUUCAAGGUGAGGAAGCUUCAGCGACUGGAAAACGUGGAUGUGUUCGAGCAAUACAAACGCCACGAGACUAUGGUUGCAAGGAAGAUGAAAUCCAGAGGAUUGGCAUCGAAUGAAACUAACUCGCUGCCAAAUUGGUUGAAGAAGCUGUCACAAAAGAACGGGUUAAGCUCUGAAGCAAAUGGCGUGUACCUGCUCCAUGGUACCAAAUCAACCAACCUAGAUCUCAUCGUGGAGCACGGAUUGAAGACCAAAUUCUCGUUGGAUCGCGGACUCUCGUACGGAAAAGGGCUGUACUUUACAGACAAUGCCUGCAAGGCCAGCCAAUUCACAGCACGAGAUGGCGUCAUUUUGGUUUGCCGUGUUGUGCUUGGACGACAAGAGAUACUCCCUCGGACCUGCCCCCGAAAGCUAUUUCCUGACUUUGGCUACGAUUCUGCAAUGGCAAAAAGAAACCACACAGAUGCACCCCACGCCCAUAAGCAGCUACACAAUGAGUACAUCAUCUAUGAUGACUGCUCGUGCUACCCUGAAUUUGCAAUCCAUUUUGACCUAUCCUGAGGAGGGUACGUACAGAGCCCGUCAUCUCAACCUAUUUUAGAAGUUUCUAGUUUUUUAAAACUUAAUUAGGCCGCUCUCUACCCAAGCGAC